AACGAGUUUCUUCAUCCAAGGAGCGGCAGAAUCUGCGAACUUACUUCUUCUGGAAAAGUAAACAGCGUGGAAUCUUCUAGCCCUUGCAGUCAGUGGCGGGAAUAAGGGUGGCUGGUCCAUGAGGACCGAAGCUGUCAGGGUGGUGUGGUGUCAGGAUGGGGCCUCAGGGGUAGCCUUUUAAUCUAACAGCUGGGCGUGCAUGGGGGAUUGCUGGGAUUAAAGCCUGAAGGAGGUGCCGUGGCUUGCUGGUGGCAGUCCUACUGGGGAACAAGAGGAAGGCUGAUGUGACGACAGACCUGAUGGCGUCCCCAGAGAACCCGGUCAUACCUGCUACAGAAACCAUGUCAAUGGGAGAAUCCCAGGGACCACAGCAGGAAGAGGGUGGUGAGGAAGAUGAAGAUGAAGGACAGAAAUUUGAAUUUGAUGGUAGCGAGGAAGAAGAUCACACUCCAGGAGAGGGGUCUUGUGAAAAGAAGAUGGAAAGUAACCUGCAUGCAGGACCAUCGAUAACGUCACCAGAAGUCAGAGGAGUGCCCACUGCGGGACUGAGGGACGCGCUCACCCAGGACGUCAGCCCAGAAGUGGAAGUCAGCAAGCCUCAAGAAGGGGGUCCUUCCUCUACUCCGCCAGAGCCAUCAGCUGACAGCCGGAGAAGAGACAGCAUAUGUGAAGGCAGCGCUGAGCCGACGACAGAGAGUCCCGAGGUCAUUUACGACGAUGUGCCUGAUGAAAGUUUCCUUUCUCCAGACGAAGAUGAACUGAUCUACGAGGACGUGCAGCGAUCCGAGGACGGGAUCGGGACGGGCAAUGGAUGGAGCUCCAGCGAGUUUGAGAGCUACGACGAGCAGUCGGACAGCGAGAGCAAGCUGCCCACUCGCAGUAAGCUCUCCCCAGACGUGCGCCGACUGAAGGAGCGCUGUGCCAAGACCAGGCGCGAGCUGGCCAUGCGGCUGGGGGGCCGCGACGUCACACAGAUCAAACAGAGUUACGAUGCCAAGGUGCAGCAGCUAAUGAAGGCGGCCAGGAACGGUACCAAGGAUGGACUGGAAAGGACCCGACUGGUCAUGAUGCGUAAAGUCUCCUUCCUGCAGAAGAAGGAGAAUUCAGAAGCCGUGGAGGAUGACGCCGGAUACCUGGACGUGAUGGUGUCGGACCUGAAGCACCCGCCUGCGGAACUGGGCCCUAUGCCAGAAGGACUUAGCAGCCAGCAGGUCGUCAGGCGGCACAUACUGGGUUCCAUCAUCCAGAGCGAGAGGAGCUAUCUUGAGUCCCUGAAGAGGAUCCUGCAGGAGUACCAGAAGCCUUUGGUGGAGGCCGAGCCCCGCAUCCUGAGCCUCAGGAAGAUCCGGCCCAUUUUUUACCGGCUGCGGGAGAUCUUCCAGUGCCACUCCAUGUUCCAGAUCGCACUGGCCUCGCGCGUGGCUGAGUGGGACCACAGCGAGAAGAUCGGCGACCUCUUCGUGGCCUCUUUUUCCAAGUCGAUGGUGCUCGACGUGUACAGUGAUUACGUCAAUAACUUCACCAACGCUAUGGCCCUUAUUAAAAAAGCCUGUAUAUCGAAACCGGCUUUUCUGGAGUUUCUCAAGAAGAAGCAGGCUUCCAGUGCAGAUAGGAUCACCCUCUAUGGCCUGAUGGUGAAGCCCAUCCAGCGUUUCCCCCAGUUCAUCCUCCUGCUGCAGGACAUGCUGAAGAACACUGCGAAAGGCCACCCCGACCGGCUGCACCUGCAGCUGGCCCUCACUGAGCUCGAGACGCUGGCCGAGAAGCUGAACGAGCAGAAGCGGGUGGCCGAUCAGGUGUCCGAGAUCCAGCAGCUGGCCCGCAGCGUCAGUGACCGGAACCUCGCCAAGCUGCUGAACGCAGACCAGAGGCAGCUGAUCCUCUGCGAGACGCUCAUCGAGACCGUGUACGGGGAAAAGGGGCAGGUCCUCAAAUCCAAGGAGCGCAAGGUCUUCCUCCUGAACGACACGCUCAUCUGCGCCAACAUCAACAUCAAGGGUCCUUCUGACAUCAGCAGUCUGGUUCCGGUGGGUCCGAAGUACACGGUGAAGUGGAGCGCCCCUCUCCUGCAGGCGAAGGUGGUGGAAGUCGGCCAGGACGCGUCGGAGAGCCAAGAGACCCUCUUCCAGCACAGCGGGACCAAGAGGGCCAGCAACACCAACGUCUCAGGAAAGGUCUUCCUGGGACCACCUCGACUCUUCCAGGAGCUGCAGGAGCUACACCAUGACCUCUCCGUGGUGGAGGAGAUCACACUGCUUGUGGGAACAUUGCAAGGAGCGUACCAGAACCUGAAUACGACGGUUGGGCAGGACUGGUGUCUUGCUCUCCAGAGGCUCAUCCGUAUGAAGGAGGAUGAGAUCCAGAACGCCAACAAGUGCCGCCUUCGUCUGCUAGUCCCAGGGAAACCAGACAAGUCAGGACAUCCCGUCAGAUUCAUGGUGGUCUUCAACACUCCCAACCCCCUCAGCAAGAUCUCCUGGGUGAAUCGUCUGCACCUGGCCAAGGUCGCCCAGCGAGAGGAGAACUCGCCAGGCUGGGUCUGUGCAGAGGAUGAUGGGAAGACAAAGACCCCUUUUUGUUGCCCGCUGCUUGCCUGCCGUGUGAGUGUUUUCACCACAAAGGCCCAGGAUCAGAAGCUGCAGGCAGCCCUUCACAACCCCGUCCAGUGCACCCUGCUCGGCUUCUCGGCAGCCAGUACGUCGCUGCCGCAGGGCUACUUGUGGGUGGCCAGCGGGGGAGCCGCCACCCAGGGCCAAGUGGCGAUCUUCUCGCUUAACAGGCCCACCCCUCGCUCCGUGAAGUCCUUCCAGGUGGGGGCGCCUGUCCUGUGCCUGGAGUAUGUCUCAGAGUUCGGUCCGCUGGAUGAGGCCAAGGAGGACAUCAAUGAGAGCCCGUUCCCGAUUGGCAACACCAUUUGCCUGGGACUCCAAGACGGCAGAAUCCUGGUGUACGGCAGUGUGGACACCACUGCACAGUGCCUGCUGACCUUCCGUGACCCAGAAGGCUGCCCUGUUCUCUGCCUGAAACACCUGCAUGACCUCCUGUUCACUGGCCUGGCGGACGGAAGGGUGAUGGUUUACAGCCGAAAGAACGGAGGGGAACUCUGGGACCCGGAGUCGGGCAGACGGGUUUCCAUGGGGUCGGAGCCGGUCCGCACACUGCUGGCGCUGGAAGACUGCAUUUGGGCCAGCUGUGCCAACCGGGUCACUGUCAUCGAGGGCUCCAACCUGGACACUCGGAGUUUUGAGGCGCACCCUGAUGCGAGGGUGAGCGUGGCACAUAUGGUGCAGGCAGGGGGUGGCGUCUGGAUGGCGUUCUCUGAGAGCUCCUCCAUCCGCCUGUUUCACACAGAGACGCUGGAGCACCUGCAGGAGAUCAACAUCUCUGCUCGCUCCGCCUUCCUUAAUCCAGGUCCAGAGACGGUGCGUGUGACCAGCUUGCUGAUCUGCCAAGGGCUGCUGUGGGUGGGCACUGCUCAGGGCGUCAUCGUCACGCUGCCCAUACCCAGGUUGGAGGGCAUCCCCAAAAUAACAGGGAAGGGGAUGACUUCCCUGAACGCACACAGAGGCCCGGUCGACUUCCUGGUGGCCACCUCCAGCACCCUGUCCCCGGAGCUGCUGAAGCGGGACUCCGAGAUGGACGGGCAGGACUCGGCCAGCGGCGGGGAGGAACGCGUCGACUCCUCGUCGCAGGAAUCCCUGCAGCAGGUCAACGGCUCCCCAAGGCGUGACGGCAAGUCCAGGGGAAUCCUGCUGCAGUACCGGCUGCGGUCCACGGCCCAGCUCCCGGGGAGGCUGCUUUCGGCUCGGCCCGAGGGCUCGUCCGACUCCUCGCUGGAGUCCCUGGAGCACGGCCCGGAGGACGGCUCCAUCUAUGAGCUGAGCGACGACCCCGAGGUGUGGGUGCGAGGACGGUCCUCCACCCGGGACGGCAGCCGGAGGGACAAGGUCACCUCGGCCGCCGUCGUCUCAGGGGGCAGGGGCUUCCGGAGGCUGGUGGCAGAGGACUGGCCGGACAGCGGAGAGGCGGCCGAGAGCAGCCUCAUGGUGUGGCAGCUUCCCCUCACAGUCUGAUGAAAGGGGUGGGGCAGAGGGAGUCAUGUGACCGUGCUCCCCCUGGUGGAGAGUGGAUGCAGCGCACUGCAGGAACCUUACCCCUGAAUCCCUACCCUGCCCAGGAGGCUCCACACUGGUGUCUUCCACGCCUGUUUCAAUACAGAUCCACAUAAACUUUUGACAUGCUCACAGAAUGCUGUAUCUACAGGGACUGCCCUGCUGUACGAGAUGUUCUCCCUUCGUCAAAGCUCUGUAUACAUAUUUAAACCAUACUGUACUGGUUUUUUGUGGGGGGGGGGGGCGUGUUGGGAGAUUCCAUAAACCACUAAGAACUCAUUCCAGGAACACUCAGGACCUUGUUAUCAAUCUGUUGUCAGCCACACAUGUGUUUCUGCAUUUGUUACUGGAAAUAAUUGCAGACGAUGCAACAGUGGAACUGGUUUAUCUUGCGUCUUUGUCAGGAGAGGAUGAACCUCGCAGAAAAGGAGCGUGGCAUUUAAGAAGUAACAGUACAGUCUGGCUGACAAAUAACUUCAACCUCCGACUCGUUUGCAGGAGCCCAGCAAAUGUCUUCCUGCAUUCCCUGAAUUCGCUGAAUCCUUUAUCAUUCCAAACAUAACAGAGUAUAACAGACAUAUGAAGGAAGCUGUGCUUUUGUUUGGCUCCGCCACGAACAAAGGAGGGCCGCAAUAAUGAGGGAAGCUGUCGUGGAAUUUUCUGGUGUGUUUCAGGUACUUAAUGAUACUAGUUUCACUUCCACUGAGUAAUUUUGCUGUAAAAUAAAGAGAUUAUGUCCCA